CCCCACUUUGAGAACCAUUGGCAUACUAGAUGAGAAGUGUUACAGGUAUAGCGAUAUUGCAAAAAAAAAUCAGACAAUAAACUUUCACUCCAUUAUAGUUAAACUCUGCAGCGACUCUAUAAAUCUCAUGUGUUGUGAACUGUGCCUCCUGGUCAACUAUAACCCAAACUCAACGUUAUAUGUUAUGAUAUAUUGUGCUGCCCAUACCGGAUAUUGCAUUGUAUUCAGUUUGAGAAAAAUUAAACAAAAUAAAGGAGUUCUUGUUACAACAUUUUGAGACAAAUAUACUGUAUAUUUAAUGGAAUACGAUUUAGGUGGCACAACAGCCUCCUGAGUCAUAUGGGUGCCAUAGAGAGAUGCCAAGUGGUACAACUGGUGUGCCCUAUAUGAAACAGUGUUUAAAUUUGAAAGAUAUUACACUGUGGUUCUUAUCUGAUCUGCAACCCCCUCAAGGGUGGUGGUGCUACAGUUUGCAUUGCUUAUAUUUGAUACUCUGAGUAUUUAAAGUCAAAUAUGCGCAUCAAUGUUUUCGUAGGUGUUUAGGAUGGUCAGAACAGGCACUUUAGUCUCUCUGCUCCAGCUCUUCAGCACCCUCGUUCCCAGCGGAGCCUUUUCUCAGGAUACCCUUUACCCCUUUGGACCAGCUCACAGGGAUUUAGAAACCCCUAAGAUGGACGAUGGCAGUUCCCCAGAGAUCCCACUUCUAAUUCCAUUUAUAUUCUUCAAUGUGCCCUAUAGGUCUCUAUAUGUCAACAACAAUGGCGUAAUCUCCUUCAACAUUCAGGUGAGUCAGUUCACUCCAGAGGCUUUCCCCCUCAGUGACAGCCGCUCCUUCAUUGCUCCUUUAUGGGCUGAUGUGCAUAAUGGCAUACGUGGAGAUGUGUACUACCGUGAAAGCACAGACACAGAGAUCCUGGAGAGGGCCACUCAGGACGUCAGAAAAUACUUCAAGAAUAUGGUAUCCUUCACUGCCACCUGGGUCUUCAUUACCACCUGGAAUCAAGUCACCUUUUACGGGGGCAGCCAGACUACACCAGUAAAUACAUUUCAGGCAGUUCUGAUCUCAGAUGGCCAUGCUUAUUUUUCAAUGUUUAACUAUGGAGAGAUUCACUGGAGCACCGGCACAGCAAGUGGAGGGGACCCUCUUACAGGCCUGGGGGGAACUACAGCACAGGCAGGGUUCAAUGGUGGGGAUGUCAGCCAUUUCUUCAACCUUCCAGGCUCCCGUUCAAACGAAGUGGUCAACAUUGAACAGACCACUAAUGUCAAUGUCCCUGGAAGGUGGUUCUUCCGCAUUGAUGCUGACCAAAUAGACCCAGCAAAUGGCUGCAGCUACAUUGGCCGAUUUUACAGACGUGGAGAGGUUUUCUGGCUGUCAGACCAGUGUACUCAACGAUGUAGGUGUCUUGACCUGGAUAAUGAGGUCAUCUGCCAUGAAACACCAUGUGGUCAGUUAGAGACCUGUGAACAGGUGGAAGGGGCUUACUACUGCCAGCCCACACGCACCAGCACCUGUGUGGUGUUUGGAGACCCUCACUACCACACCUUUGAUGGGUUCCUCUAUCACUUUCAGGGUACUUGCUCAUACCUGUUGGCUCGCCCAUGCUGGGAAAUGCCUGGUUUGCCCUUUUUCAGUGUGGAGGCCAAGAAUGAGAACCGUGGUGUGCCCACGGUGUCCUGGCUGCGGGACGUGACAGUAGAGGUGUACAAUCACCGUGUUACACUACCCAAAGGAACUCUGGGAACUGUGCAGGUGGAUGGCCUGAUAAAGACUCUCCCUGUUCAACUUCAGCUAGGCGCAGUCAAGGUAUACCAAUCUGGCGUUGCUGUCGCUUUGGAAACAGACUUUGGUCUCUUGGUGACCUAUGACGGAUUGCACUACGCCUCCAUCUCCCUCCCCAGCUCUUAUUUCAACAACACUUGCGGCCUAUGUGGUAACUACAACGAUGACCCUGCCGAUGACCCUGUGUUGCCAGAUGGCUCUCUGGCAGAGAGCGUAGUGGAACUGGGUGGUAGCUGGCGAGCUGAAGACACAGAUUUUCGUUGUACAGACGGCUGUGCCCAGAACUGUAGCAUGUGUGAACCGGCAGCUGAAGCAUUUUACUUUCGAUCAGACUACUGUGGGCUCAUCAAUAAGACUGAUGGGCCAUUCAGAGACUGCAGGGCUGUGGUAGACCCAACAGCAUUUGUUUACAGCUGCGUUUAUGAUAUGUGCAGCAAUCGUGAUAACAUCACCACCCUGUGCCAAGCUAUACAGGCAUAUGCCCUUGCAUGCCAAGCCCUGGGAGUAACCAUACGACCCUGGAGAUCACGCUCGUUCUGUGCACUGACAUGCCCUGAGAACAGCCACUAUCAAGUCUGCACAAGUGCAUGUCCUGCCUCCUGCUCCGACUUAACAUCUCAUCUCUACUGUGCUCAUCCAUGUACCGAGGGCUGCCAGUGUGACCAGGGUUAUGUGCUGAGUGGCAGCCGCUGUGUCCGUCGUUUUGAGUGCGGGUGUGAACGUGACGGCCUGUAUUACGCCCUGAACGAGACUUUCUGGGCAGGGGAAGGGGGUGAGGUGGGUGAAGACUGCUCCCAGCGUUGUGUGUGUGGCCCGGCGGGUGAAGUAAAAUGCUUCAAUGACUCUUGUGGCGAAGGCGAGGUAUGUGCAGCAGAAGUCGGGUUGCUCGGGUGUUACCCUCGUCGCGAAGCAAUAUGUUCGCUAUCCCAGUCACAAAUACUGGCCACAUUUGAUGGGUCCACGAUGCCAUUCCCUGAUGAAAGCUCAUUCUACUUGGUCAAAACUUUGGGACGUUUGCCUGCAAAUGUAACAUCAGUGGAGGUGAAGAUUGGAAGGAAGCUUGUGAAUAAAGGCCCUACGUGGUUACGGCCAGUGGUUGUUAGGGUUGGUCAUUUGGAAGCACAGAUAGGCGGCUCAGAUUUCGACUUGAUCAAGGUCAAUGGUGAACCAGCAAUUGUUCCUUACGUCCAUCCAGUGGAGCCUCUAAUGAUCUACCGAUCCUCUGGUAAUACCACGGUGAUUGAGUGGAGUGGCUUGGUCCGCACUCGAUACUCACGUCAAGGCCUACUAAACAUCACUCUCUCCACUCUCUUUUACAACACCACCUGUGGUCUGUGUGGCUUUUUCAACGGAGAUCCAAUCGAUGACCUCCGGCUACCAAGUGGAAGGCAGGCCGAUUCAGCCGACCAGUUUAUUGAAAGCUGGAGAGCUAUUGCAGACGAUCUGACAUGCAAUGGCGAUUGUGAGGACUUGUAUCGCAUGUGUACAGAUUUACGGCAAUACCAGAGCCCAUGGCUGUGUGGGAACAUCAACGACCCAGGAAACAGCUCAUUCCUAGCUUGCCAUACAGCGGUUAAUCCGUCUCCUUUCUUCAGGAACUGCCUCUACAACAUGUGUGUAAGGGAGGGAAACCGUUCUGCCCUGUGUAACUCCCUGCAGGCUUAUGCAUCCGCUUGUCAGGAUGCUCAGAUCAACCUGGGAACAUGGAGAAGUGCUACCAACUGCCCUCUACCCUGCCCAGAAAACAGUCACUUCGAUGAGUGUACAUCUGCAUGCCCUCUCACCUGUUCUAAUCUGGAUGAACCAGAAGAGCCGUGCCCUCUACCCUGCUCUGAGGGCUGUCAGUGUGAGGAGGGUUUUGCCCUUCGCGACGGCAUCUGCGUAGCACGCAGUGACUGUGGCUGCUUUUACCUGGGUCGCCAACUGGCCACCAAUGAGACAUUCUGGACUGACUGGGAAUGCCAGGAGCGCUGUUUCUGUAACGGCACCGACAACAGCGUCUACUGCACCUUCUCACCCUGUCACCCAGAGGAGUACUGCCAAGAGAACGAAGGCCUCUUUUUCUGUCAGCCCAGGACUGAGGCCAUGUGUGCUGUUGCUGGAUAUGCACACUUUUUGCCAUUUGGAGGUGUGCCGUUUGACCUUCAGAGCAGCUGUACUCUUCGUCUUGCCACUACUGACUGCGGAGAAGGAGAUGAGGAUAGCUUUGGAGGACUAGACAGUGCUGAGACAGUUCUGGGAGGACUGCCCAACUUCCAGUUAUCAGUACGGAAUGAAGAAAGAGACACUGGCCAGGCGAUAUGGGUGCGAGGAUUUGUUCUGGAGGUCUACGGAUAUGAAAUUGAGGUGUCACGAAGCUUUAAACAUACAGUCACGGUGAAUAAGGAGCGCCUGUAUCUGCCUUUAAAACUGGGUCCAGGAAAAGUUAACAUCUACACCCUUGGUCUGCAGUUACUUGUGGAGACCGACUUUGGUCUGAAGGUGGCGUUUGACUGGAAUACUCUACUGCUCCUCACUCUGCCUCGUAGUCUGUUUAACGCCACCUGUGGGCUUUGCCAAGGAUUGCCUAUUUCUGGUCCCGCUCUAAGCGUCACUGAAUGGGGCAUGGCGUGGGCUGACCGGGACACUUUCUGCCAAGUGGGUUGCGGAGACUCUUGCCCCCGCUGUGGACUAGUUGAACGAGGCCUGGCCGCAGAGGUCCCCGCGCAAGUAACCGAUGCUGUUGGUAACAUCGACAUGGAUAACGGUAACCCCGGAAACCGUUUCCACUUCGCUGAAGGGUUGUAUGUGUAUGUCGAACCUGAGGCGGUGAGAUUAUGUGGACUUAUUAUAGACCGCGGUGGCGUGUUUGCUCGCUGUCACAGCAAAGUAGCACCAGCAUACUUCUACCAGAGCUGUCUGCAGGACACAUGCGUGGAUCAAGGCGCAAGAGAGACCAUAUGCAACUGGCUACAGAUCUAUGCCAGCACCUGUCAGACACAAGGAGUGCCUCUCAUUGGCUGGAGAAGUUCGACACCCUGUGUGUGGUCGUGCCCCGUGAACAGCCACUAUUCCAGUUGUAUGAUGGCGUGCCAGCCGCAAUGUGCCCCUGCGCGUGGACAGAGAGACUGUAAUCAGUACUGCGUUGAGGGGUGCCAGUGUGACCAGGGCUAUGUGCUGAAUGGCAAGAGCUGUAUCCUCAAUCAAAACUGCGGAUGCUACACAGAUGGGAAAUACUAUGAGCCUAAGCAGUUGUUCUGGAACAGUGACUGCACUAAACGCUGCCAGUGUAUUGGCCGGAAUCUGAUUCAGUGCGACCCACGGCGAUGUAAAGCGGAGGAGGAGUGUGUCCUGCGGCAUGGUGUGCGAGGAUGCUUUGCCAGACGGAAUCAGCACUGCGUGGCGUCCGGCGGUGGCGUCUUCCGCACUUUUGAUGGCGCUUCUCUCCGUUUACCCGCCUCAUGCUCGUUUGUUCUCUCAACAAUCUGCCACAAGCUGCCAGAGUUAUCUUUUCAGCUCAUUGCCAAUUUCGACAAAUGGAGCACACCCAACCUAACCACCAUCUCCCAUGCUUAUCUCUACAUCAACGAGGAGAACAUUCUCAUCUCAGGCAACACUGUCAAGGUAAACGGUACGCCCGUGUCCGUACCUUUUGUCACAGGUCUAAUGACAAGAGUAUCCACAUCUGAGGGAUUUCUGGUGAUCGACACUCCUCAGGACAUCCAGGUUCGUUAUAAUCGAUUCAACACCCUCAGCAUUACAAUGGGUCCACGGCUACAGAACAAGGUGUGUGGACUGUGUGGGAACUUUAACGGGGAUCCCACAGAUGACUACAUCACCUCUCGUGGAAAACCUGCUGUCAGUGCACUGGAGCUCGCUCAGAGCUGGAAGACAAACGGCAUGCAGAACAGCUGUGAUGAGACCCAGUAUGUUGCCCUGGCUCAAUCCUGUGAUAAUACAGCAGUAUCAGAGCUCCAGGGGGAGGACAACUGCCUGAAGCUUACCGAUUUGAAAGGUUUCUUCCAGCCCUGCCACGGUCUGCUGGACCCUCAUCCUUUUUACCAGUCAUGCUACAUGGACGGCUGCUACAACCACCGCAAGGCCCAGGUGUGCGGCUCUAUGGCGGCCUACGCUGAGGCCUGCCGCUCUUUCGGCACUCUCACCACCAAGUGGAUCACCCAGGAGAACUGCUCAGAAUGGAUCUAUGACCCCUGUGCAGGAGAGAUCUGCUCUAACAACACAUGUGAGCAGGAGAACGGAGAACUUUGUGGCUGCCCUGAACUUCCCAACAAUGACAUUAGUGAAGAUGACAUCAUCCAGGCUGAAGUGACCUGUAAGCACGCUCAGAUGGAGGUCUCCAUCUCUAAGUGCCGUCUCUUCCAGCUGGGCUUUGAGAGGGAGGAUGUACGAAUCAACGACCAGCACUGCCCUGGUAUUGAGGGAGAGGACUUCAUCUCCUUCCACAUCAACAAUACCAAGGGACACUGUGGCUCUAUUGUACAGUCAAAUGGAACACACAUUAUGUACAAGAACACGGUGUGGAUCGAGAGUUUGAACAACACUGGGAGUGUGGUGACGCGCGACAAAAUGAUCAACGUGGAGUUUUCCUGUGCGUAUGAACUGGACAUCAAGAUAUCCUUGGAGACCGUACUGAAGCCAAUGCUCAGUGUCAUAAACCUCACACUGCCAACCCAAGAGGGUAACUUCAUCACAAAAAUGGCCUUAUACAAGAACGCCUCAUACCGGCACCCGUACCGCGAGGGAGAGGUUGUGCUGAGCACCAGAGACGUUCUGUUUGUGGGGGUGUUUGUGGAAGGAGCAGAUGACAAACAGCUUAUUCUCAUUGUUAACAUGUGCUGGGCUACACCAUCUCGUUACAGCAAUGAUCGACUCCGCUACAUUAUCAUAGAGAGAGGGUGUCCGAACAUCAAGGAUAACACAAUAGGCAUGGCAGAGAACGGCGUGUCCCUCACUUGCCGCUUUCACGUCACUGUCUUCAAGUUCAUUGGGGAUUAUGAUGAGGUGCAUUUGCACUGUGACGUCACUUUGUGUGACUCAGAGACCAACGCCUGCAAAGUGAAUUGCCCGCAUAACAAAAGGAGUUAUACAGACUACAGUCAGCAUAAAGAACAGAUCCUGUCAGUGGGACCAAUCAGAAGAAGAGAUUCAGACUGGUGUGAAGAGAAUAAUGGUGGCUGUGAGCAGAUCUGCACUAGUCAAGUAACUGGCGCUGUGUGCAGCUGUGUGACGGGAAUGCUACAGAGAGACGGGAAGAGCUGCAGAGUCACCAGUAUGAGUACUGACCUUCAACCCCUGCUUCUCCUGGCAGCUGCUGUUGUAAGCGUCAACAUCGUACUUCAAACACACACCUCAGUUUUCUUCUCUUAACACACACCAAGAAAGGCUGAGAGAGGGAGAGAGAGAGAGAGUUGUGUAUACAGACAAAACGGAGGAGAAAAGCAAAACAGAGCCAGUCAAGGGAUAUGCAUGUGCAUCAGCUGCCUUGCGGUGAAGACCACCUCUGUGCAGAUCUCUUCAUCCAAGUGAAAACUGUGAUCAAAUACAUCCAAGUGAUCCUUCACCAGCUGGAUAUCUCAGACGUAAAACAACGUGCCUCGGUCCAACAUAAUAACCUGACACCCUGAAAGCACACAACUGUUUUCUUUGGCACAAAAUCGAAAUGCCAGAAACCAAAAACCGUCACUUUGAAAUGUAGUGAUAGCGAGACGGCUACUGAAUAUUCCACGGCCACUAAUGACAGAUUAGCAAGUGUUACUUAUUAGAUGAUGAAUUUUCCUGAGAAUCACCGAAGCGUGAGAGCACGUGUUGCAAGAAUGGAUGAUAAUUCUCAACACCAGUUAUGUUUUUUGUGGUUUCGUUUUAUCUAGUUGAUUUGAUGAAAUGUAAUUCUCAAUCUGCCAUUUUGUUUCUUAUUUAAAGUCCCCCUUUUGUUUGCCAUACUAAAGUAUUGCUGAGAUCAAAAUGCCAAUCAACAUUUGUAUUACUUUGUUUUCCCGUGGACAGGGUUUUAAAUUAACACCCGACAGGCACCAAAUGCAAGUAAAAAUCUGUGUUGGUGAGUAUAUGAAAUAGAGUUACUUGCCGGUUGAAUUGUUUUUUACAAUCUUUUUUUUUUUUAUUACUUCUAACAUUAUAACUGAGAAUGUGACAUGAUUUAGCAUGGUAAUUGCAGCGACUGCAUUGUAAUUAUAUAAAUACAUAUGGAUUAUAUAAAUAUCUGAAGCACAGUACUGUAAUCUGUUGAUGUGAGCAGCUCAUGAAAACAGUGUUUUAAUAAAUGUUGCUCAACACAA